GAAGCCUGGUGUCCCCACUUUCCAGCUGCAUGAUUGAUUUGGGGGACAGGCCAAUCACCUACCACUCUGAGCCUCAGGAUCAGGAGGAUGAAAGAAGAUAAUGCAGGAAGGUGCUUAGCACAGCACUUGGCAAAAAUGGAGUAAGAAGGGGGCCAGGAAGUUGGAAUGUGCAUUUGGGUGUUUGUGGGUGUCAGAAAGGAAGACAAGACUGCAAGCCUGAAGCAAAGGGGACCAGGCAGAAAAGGAGCAGUAAAGGAGCCCCGGUUACUUGCCCAGUAUGGCUCAGAGGGCCUGGGGCUGCUCUUGAGUGCAGAGAGGGGAGCCGGAACUCCCCACCUCCACUUGAGACUGGGAACUUUUUCGAGAGGGUUAGCUGUCCCUCCCCCCCUUUUCGUGCUCUGAUUAACACAAGGUUGGCCUAGCAGGGAGAGGGAGAUGGUAGGAUGUACUACAGUGAUUUGUACUCACUGGAACCUAGUAAAGAAAAUGAAGCUGCCCAAACAAAGCAGCCAUGUCUCCUUAAAGCCCCCAUCUGCCUAGGGGCUGGGCUGGGAAACCAGUGAUUUUGUGGGUCUUAGCCCAGAAGGGCUAGUAUUCGGAAAGAGAGGGUGGCAGGGAAGCUUAGUAGCGGGGUGGCUGUCCUCCUGCCCCUGUUUCUUUUGGUUUCUGCCUCUAGCGCCUCCAUUUAGCCACUGAGCACUCACUCUGGGUUGGACACUGGGCCAGGGGGCUGGGAUACGAGACAAAUAACACAGAGCCCUGGCUCCUGGAGAAAGACCUCCUGAGCCCUGGGUCCUGGCCUCCUGCCAUCCUCCUUAUCCACUGAUCCCUCCUCCACUUCUCUGAACCCCUGUCUCUUCUGCACCUCUGACUCUGUGCUGUUCACAUCUUAACCAGACUCCGCAGUGGGUGUGCUCCCAGAGGGAAGCUACACAAAGGAAGGGGGGGAACGGGAAAGGAGGGAAUCCCGCUGACAUCAUGCUCAUUAGCAUGUGUGACUUCAUCAGGGGGCGGGGUUAUUUCCCCAGGUGUCUAGGGGGAGGGCUUGGGGGUGGUAUUUAAAGGGAAAAGCUGACAGUGCUGCUGAGUGAGGGAGCGGGUGCUGCCAGCCACCAGGCUGCACACACCAUCAAUGCACACGAUGCACACGGAUCUCGACACCGACAUGGACACAGACACAGAAACCACAGCACUCUGCCCCUCCGGCAGGCACCGGGCCUCCCCGCCAGAAACGCCCACACCAGAAGCAGAUGUCACACUGCUGAAGAAGCCAGAGAAACUGUUGGCAGGGUUGGACCGAGGCGGGGCACCCCCUGCUCUGGGAGCCCCCAGACGAAGAGGCAGUAUGCCUGUCCCCUACAAGCACCAGCUGCGGCGGGCCCAGGCUGUAGAUGAACUUGACUGGCCACCUCAAGCCUCAUCCUCGGGCUCCUCUGACUCCCUGGGCUCAGGAGAGGCAGCCCCCAUCCAAGACGAUGGCAUUUUCAAGGUCAUGCUGGUGGGGGAGAGCGGCGUGGGCAAGAGCACCCUAGCAGGCACUUUCGGUGGUCUCCAGGGAGACAGUGCGCAUGAGCCAGAGAAUCCAGAGGACACCUAUGAGAGACGCAUCAUGGUGGAUAAGGAGGAAGUGACUCUAGUUGUUUAUGACAUCUGGGAACAGGGGGAUGCUGGGGGGUGGCUACAGGACCACUGCCUUCAGACGGGGGAUGCCUUUCUCAUCGUCUUCUCAGUCACCGACCGACGAAGCUUCUCCAAAGUUCCAGAGACCCUACUACGGCUCAGGGCUGGGAGGCCCCACCACGACCUGCCUGUCAUCCUCGUUGGAAACAAGAGUGACCUGGCACGAUCCCGGGAGGUGUCACUGGAGGUGGAAGAAGCAAAAUUUAAGGAGUUCCCACCGUGGUGCAGCGGGAUGGACGGAGUCUCUGCAGCGGCAGGGAUGUGGGCUGAUCCUUGGCCAGAUGCAAGAGGUUAAGGAUCCAGUGUUGCUGGAGCUGUGGCCUAAGUGGUAACUCUGGCUCAGAUUUGAUCCCUGGCCAGGGAACUUCUGUAUGCCAUGGGGUGUCCAAAAAGGAAACAACAACAACAACAACAACAACAAAGUUUAAGUAACUUGCCUGAGAUCAAUAAAAUAUAAAGCUGGAAUUGCACUCAUGUCUGUUUGAUACUUAAUGGUAAUUUUAUCCAGCUUGCAUCUGAGGUUCCCCUUUCAAUAAGGAUGAGGCAGAGAGGGGCAAUAGAAGAAAUGGUGGGGACACUCUGGACAGAAGCCAUGGGCAGUGGGUAUGGUGAAAGAGCCAGAGAAAUUCCAUGGCUAAAGUGGAGUAAGCCAGCUCCAAACCCUGGGGACCAUCAGAUGGGGUGUGAUGGGGUUGGCCUGCACCUCCCCUGGAAGGACUAGAAACAGAGGCAAUUCAAAUUGUAAAAUGCAGGAAAACACACUGGGCCCAUUAAGGGACCAGAUGGUUCUACAGUUGGGUUGAAACCUCAGGGACAUGAAGAGGAGGGGUAAGAGAUGAGCACUGAAGGUCUGAAGCCCUAUUGCAAAGGACCUUAAAUGCCAGGAAAAGUAGUUUGUGCCCAAUUCAGCAGGCAGUGAGAGUCACUGAAGGGCUUUGAGUGUGUGACAUGAUGAGGCUGGUCCUUUGGGGAGAGGGUGGGAGAGGUGUACAUGGACUUCAGGCAGCAGAGGCAGGGCCUGAAGAGCUGAGUUUAGGGGACAAUGUGGAGGGUAAUGAAGAACCACCCUAAGGGAGAUGGCAGUGGGAAAGGAGAGGUUGUGUGGAUUUUAGAGUCAGAAUUGAUGGGACAUGGCAACUGAGUGGCUGGGAGAGGGAGGAGUUGCAAGUGAUGUGGGGGAUGGUGAGGCAUUGGGAGUUAGGGGGCAAAGGAGGUAGCCAGUAAAUGGCUCCAUUUUGGAAACCCUUUAGAGUUUGAGAUACUGAGGGAAAAUAUCCAUUAACGGAUGCAAACUAUUGCUCUUGGAAUGGAUUUACAAUGAGAUCCUACUGUACAGCAUUGAGAACUAUGUCUAGAUGCUUACAUCGCAACACAGCAAUAGGAGGAAAAAAUAUGUAUACAUGUAUGUGUAACUUGCUCCCCAUGCUGUACAGCGGAAAAAAUAAAUAAGUAAAUAAAUAAAUGAGAAAAAUAUCCAUAUGGAGAGUUCCGGCAGCUCCAUGGAGUCUGAGGUUCAGGUUAGGGCAAGAGACACAGAUAUGAGAAUAACUGCCAUUAAGAUGGUAAUAGAGGAGUUCCCAUUGUGGCUCAGUGGUUAAUGAAUCCGACUAGGAACCAUGAGGUUGUGGGUUCGAUCCCUGGCCUUG